GUAGCUGUGGAGGGAGAGCCAAGCUGAGGGAGAAGGUGCUGGCCAACUGGACAGAGGGAGGAGGCUGGACAGAGAGAGAGAAAAAAAGACAGGCAGAAGCACAAAGAACAGGGCUGUGACGGAGCUGAGGGAGGCAUGAUAUCCCGGCGGGAGGCUGCUGAGCCGUGAACAGAGCCACUGGGGACCCUUGCACACUGCAGGAGUUGAAAAUGACCAGCUCCGUGGCCUCGUAUGAGCAGCUGGUGCGCCAGGUGGAGGCCCUGAAGGCCGAGAACACUCACUUAAGGCAGGAGCUGAGGGAUAACUCCAGCCAUCUCUCCAAGCUGGAGACAGAGACCUCUGGGAUGAAGGAGGUUCUGAAACACCUUCAGGGCAAGCUGGAGCAGGAGGCGAGAGUGCUCGUGUCCUCCGGGCAGACAGAAGUGUUAGAGCAACUGAAAGCUCUUCAGACUGACAUCAGUAGCCUGUACAACCUCAAGUUCCAUGCUCCCGCCCUGGGCCCGGAGCCUGCCUCCCGGACUCCAGAGGGAAGCCCAGUGCACGGCUCUGGACCAUCCAAGGACAGCUUCGGAGAACUGAGCAGGGCCACCAUCCGCCUGCUGGAAGAACUAGACCAGGAGAGAUGCUUCCUGCUGAGCGAGAUAGAGAAAGAGGAGAAGGAGAAGCUAUGGUAUUACUCUCAGCUCCAGGGCCUGUCCAAGCGCUUGGAUGAGCUGCCACACGUGGACACGCAGUUUUCGAUGCAGAUGGAUCUGAUUCGGCAGCAGCUGGAGUUCGAGGCCCAGCACAUCCGCUCUCUGAUGGAGGAGCGCUUCGGUACCUCCGACGAGAUGGUACAGCGCGCGCAGAUCCGGGCUUCGCGCUUGGAGCAGAUUGACAAGGAGCUGUUGGAAGCCCAGGACCGGGUGCAGCAGACAGAGCCUCAGGCUCUGCUGGCAGUGAAGCCUGUGGCAGUGGAGGAGGAGCAGGAGGCAGAAGUCCCCACACACCCUGAGGAUGGCACCCCUCAGCCUGGCAACAGCAAGGUGGAGGUGGUGUUCUGGCUUCUAUCUAUGUUGGCAACGCGCGACCAGGAAGAUACUGCGCGCACGCUGCUGGCCAUGUCCAGCUCGCCAGAGAGCUGUGUAGCCAUGCGCCGCUCGGGCUGUCUGCCACUGCUGCUCCAGAUUCUUCAUGGCACUGAGGCUGGGUCUAUGGGGCGCGCAGGGACCCCCGGAGCGCCCGGUGCCAAAGAUGCACGCAUGCGCGCCAACGCGGCCCUGCACAACAUCGUUUUCUCCCAGCCGGAUCAGGGCCUGGCACGCAAGGAGAUGCGUGUGCUGCAUGUGCUGGAGCAGAUCCGAGCCUACUGCGAGACCUGCUGGGACUGGCUUCAGGCGAGGGACAGCGGGACAGAAAGUGGUACAGGAGACACUCCUGUCCCCAUCGAGCCACAGAUCUGCCAGGCUACCUGUGCAGUGAUGAAGCUGUCAUUUGACGAAGAAUACCGUCGGGCUAUGAAUGAGCUAGGGGGCCUGCAGGCUGUGGCAGAACUACUGCAGGUGGAUUAUGAGAUGCACAAGAUGACCCGGGACCCACUCAACCUUGCCCUGCGCCGCUACGCUGGCAUGACCCUCACCAACCUCACCUUUGGAGACGUUGCCAACAAGGCCACACUGUGUGCCCGCCGAGGCUGCAUGGAAGCCAUUGUGGCCCAACUUGCCUCUGAGAGUGAGGAGCUGCAUCAGGUUGUUUCCAGUAUUCUGCGUAAUCUGUCAUGGAGGGCAGACAUCAAUAGCAAGAAGGUGCUGAGGGAGGUUGGCAGCAUGACUGCCUUGAUGGAAUGUGUGCUGCGGGCCUCCAAGGAGUCCACCCUAAAGAGCGUGCUCAGUGCUCUGUGGAACCUGUCGGCACACAGCACAGAGAACAAGGCGGCCAUCUGCCAGGUGGGCGGCGCCCUGGCUUUCCUGGUAAGCACCCUCACAUACCGUUGCCAAGGGAAUUCUCUGGCGGUCAUCGAGAGUGGCGGUGGGAUCCUGCGCAACGUGUCAAGCCUCAUUGCCACACGGGAGGACUACAGGCAGGUGCUCCGUGACCACAACUGCCUGCAGACACUGCUGCAGCAUCUCACGUCCCACAGUUUGACCAUCGUGAGCAAUGCCUGCGGCACCCUCUGGAACCUGUCUGCCCGCAGCCCCCGCGACCAGGAACUGUUGUGGGACCUGGGGGCUGUGGGCAUGCUACGCAACCUCGUUCACUCCAAACACAAGAUGAUCGCCAUGGGUAGCGCCGCCGCUCUGCGGAACCUGCUAGCCCACCGACCCGCCAAGUAUCAGGCUGCAGCCAUGGCUGUCUCCCCAGGCACCUGCGUGCCCAGUCUGUACGUCCGCAAGCAGAGAGCUCUGGAAGCUGAGUUGGACACUCGGCACCUGGUGCAUGCACUCGGUCACUUAGAGAAGCAGGGUCUGCCUGAGGCAGAGACCACUUCAAAGAAGCCCCUGCCACCCCUCCGCCACCUGGAUGGGCUGGUACAGGACUAUGCCUCUGAUUCUGGCUGCUUUGACGACGAUGACGCACCAUCCCUGGCUGCUGCGAUCACCACAGCCGAGCCCGCCAGCCCAGCAGUGAUGUCUAUGUUCCUUGGCGGUCCCUUCCUUCAGGGCCAGGCACUGGCCCGCACCCCACCUGCCCGCCAGGGUGGCUUAGAAACCGAGAAGGAGGCUGGUGGGGAGGCAGCUGUGGCUGCCAAGGCCAAGGCCAAGCUGGCAUUGGCUGUGGCUCGGAUCGACCGAUUGGUGGAGGACAUCUCUGCCCUGCACACCUCAUCAGACGACAGCUUCAGUCUCAGCUCGGGGGACCCUGGGCAGGAGGCGCCAAGGGAGGGCCGUGCUCAGUCCUGUUCUCCAUGCCGGGGCACCGAGGGUGGGCGGCGUGAUGCUGGCAGCAGGGCGCACCCUCUGCUGAGGCUCAAGGCGGCCCACACCAGCCUCUCUAAUGAUAGCCUGAACAGCGGUAGCACCAGCGAUGGCUACUGUACCCGGGAACACAUGACGCCUUGCCCGCUGGCUGCGUUGGCGGAGCACCGUGAUGACCCUGUGCGCGGACAGACUCGGCCCAGCCGACUGGACCUGGACCUUCCCAGCCGGGCUGAGCUUCCUGCCCGGGACACAGCAGCCACCGAUGCCCGAGUGCGCACAAUCAAGUUAUCCCCAACCUAUCAGCACGUUCCACUGCUCGAUGGGGCCGCUGGGGCAGGUGUCCGACCCCUGGUUGGGCCGGGAACCUCCCCGGGGGCUCGGAAACAGGCAUGGAUACCUGCGGACAGCCUGAGCAAAGUCCCUGAGAAACUGGUGGCCUCUCCACUGCCCGUAGCUAGCAAGGUGCUGCAGAAGCUGGUGGCACAGGAUGGGCCGAUGUCCCUCUCCAGGUGCAGCUCUCUGUCCUCUCUGUCUUCCACGGGCCAUGCCGUCCCCAGCCAGGCGGAGAACCUUGACAGCGAUUCAUCCCUGGAGGGGCUUGAGGAGGCUGGUCCUGGUGAGGCCGAGCUGGGCAGGGCGUGGCGAGCAUCCGGGUCCACCUCUCUUCCAGUGUCCAUCCCAGCCCCGCAGCGGGGGCGCAGUCGAGGUCUUGGGGUGGAGGAUGCAACACCAUCCAGCUCAUCUGAGAACUGUAUCCAGGAGACACCCUUGGUCUUGAGCCGUUGUAGUUCCGUGAGCUCCCUGGGCAGCUUUGAGAGCCGCUCCAUUGCCAGCUCCAUCCCCAGUGACCCGUGCAGUGGGCUGGGCAGUGGCACAGUGAGUCCCAGCGAGCUGCCAGACAGCCCCGGGCAGACGAUGCCACCGAGCCGCAGCAAGACGCCACCGGCACCUCCUGGGCAGCCUGAGACCAGCCAGUUCAGCCUGCAGUGGGAAAGCUAUGUGAAACGCUUCCUAGACAUCGCGGACUGUCGAGAAAGAUGCCAGCCGCCCUCGGAGCUGGACGCGGGCAGCGUUCGCUUCACAGUGGAGAAGCCAGACGAGAAUUUCUCCUGCGCCUCCAGCCUCAGUGCACUGGCCCUGCAUGAGCUGUAUGUUCAGCAGGAUGUGGAGCUGCGUCUGAGGCCACCAGCCUGCCCAGAACGUGCGGUGGGUGGUGGGGGCCAUCGUCGGAGGGACGAGGCUGCCAGCCGCCUGGAUGGCCCAGCACCAGCUGGUUCUAGGGCUCGGUCAGCAGCUGAUAAAGAACUGGAGGCUUUGCGUGAAUGUCUGGGGGCAGCCAUGCCUCCCCGGCUCCGCAAGGUGGCCUCAGCCUUGGUGCCUGGCCGCCGCGCAUUGCCAGUCCCUGUGUACAUGUUAGUGCCCGCCCCGGCUCGGGGUGAUGACUCGGGCACGGACUCCGCAGAGGGCACACCCGUUAACUUUUCCAGUGCAGCCUCGCUCAGUGAUGAGACCUUACAGGGACCCUCCAGGGACAAGCCGGCCAGGCCUGGGGACAGGCAGAAACCUACAGGCCGAGCUGCCCCUGCCAGGCAGACCCGAUCUCACCGGCCCAAGGCAGCAGGUGCUGGUAAAAGCACAGAACACACCCGGGGACCCAGUAGGAACCGGGCAGGAUUGGAGCUACCCCUCAGCCGACCCCAGAGUGCUCGGUCCAACAGGGAUGGCUCAUGCCAGACCCGGACCCGCGGAGACGGUGCCCUGCAGUCGCUAUGCCUCACAACACCCACAGAGGAAGCUGUGUACUGCUUCUAUGACUCUGACGAGGAACCACCAGCCUCUGCACCACCACCUCGGCGGGCAUCCGCCAUCCCACGGGCUCUAAAGCGAGAGAAACCCACAGGCAGAAAGGAGACUCCAUCCAGGGUGGCCCAGCCUGCCACACUCCCUGUGAGAGCCCAGCCCAGACUGAUCGUGGAUGAGACCCCGCCCUGCUAUUCCCUGACUUCCUCAGCUAGUUCCCUCAGUGAGCCUGAGGCCUCUGAACAGCCGGCCAGCCAUGCUCGAGGCCCGGAGCAGGGCAGUGAACAGGUCAGCUCUCCUAGCCCAAGGGCAGAAGAGGAACUUCUGCAGAGGUGUAUCAGCUUGGCCAUGCCCAGGCGCCGGACCCAGGUACCGGGCUCACGGCGUCGCAAGCCCAGAGCCAUGAGGUCAGACAUAAGGCCCACUGAGAUAACCCAGAAAUGCCAGGAGGAGGUGGCUGGCUCUGAUCCAGCCUCUGACCUAGACAGCGUGGAGUGGCAGGCUAUCCAAGAGGGCGCAAACUCCAUCGUCACGUGGCUGCAUCAGGCAGCGGCCAAAGCCAGCCUGGAGGCGUCUUCUGAGUCUGACUCCCUCUUGUCUUUGGUGUCUGGGGUGUCCUCCACCCUCCAGCCCUCCAAGCUCAGGAAAGGGCGAAAGCCUGCAGCAGAGGCUGGAGGUGCCUGGCGUCCUGAGAAACGGGGGACAGCUUCCACCAAGAUCACUGGGAGUCCCCGGCUUCCUAGUGGCUCCGAGAAGGCAAAGGGUACCCAGAAAAUGAUGGCAGGGGAGUCAACCAUGCUCCGGGGACGGACAGUGAUCUACUCAACCGGCCCAGCCUCCCGUGCUCAGUCCAAAGGUAUUUCUGGACCUUGUACCACACCUAAGAAGCCAGGGACAUCUGGCACCACUCAUCCAGAAACUGCCACCAAAGCCCCCAGCCCUGAGCAACAACGUUCACGGAGCCUCCACCGACCCGGCAAGAUCUCUGAGCUGGCAGCCUUGCGCCACCAGCCCAGGAGCGCCACUCCUCCAGCCCGCCUCACCAAGACCCCGUCCUCAAGCUCUUCACAGACCUCCCCAGCAUCCCAGCCCCUGCCUAGACGGUCCCCUCUGGCCACUCCAACAGGAGGGCCUCUGCCUGGCCCUGGGGGGUCCCCAGUGCCCAAGUCACCAGCGCGGGCCCUUCUGGCUAAGCAACACAAGACCCAGAAGUCACCUGUGCGGAUCCCAUUCAUGCAAAGGCCAGCCAGGCGAAUGCCACCUCCACUGGCCAGACCAUCCCCAGAGCCUGGCUCCAGGGGCCGAGCUGGGGCUGAGGGGACUCCUGGGGCACGUGGCAGCCGCCUGGGCCUGGUGCGUAUGGCGUCAGCUCGCUCCAGUGGCAGUGAGUCCUCGGAUCGCUCAGGCUUCCGAAGGCAGCUGACUUUCAUCAAGGAAUCCCCAGGGCUCCUUCGGCGCCGCAGAUCAGAGCUGUCCUCUGCGGACUCCACGGCCUCCACCUCCCAGGCUGCUUCGCCCCGCCGUGGACGGCCCGCACUCCCUGCUGUCUUUCUCUGCUCCUCUCGUUGCGAUGAGCUGCGGGUAUCCCCACGGCAGCCCCUGGCAGCACAGAGGUCCCCUCAGACCAAGCCAGGUCUCGCACCACGUGCGCCCAGACGUACCAGCUCCGAGAGCCCCUCACGCCUGCCUGUACGGGCGACCCCUGGGCGGCCUGAGACAGUCAAGCGGUACGCAUCCCUGCCACAUAUUAGUGUGUCCCGCAGACCCGAUAGCGCUGUCUCUGUGCCCACCACCCAGGCCAAGACCACUCGCCGGGGAAGUGAUGGUGAGACCAGGCCGCUGCCCAGGGUAGCUGCUCCCGGUACGACCUGGCGUCGAAUCAAAGAUGAAGAUGUCCCCCACAUCCUGCGCAGCACGCUGCCUGCCACUGCCCUGCCUCUCAGGGGCUCAUCACCGGAAGACAGCCCCGCUGGAACUCCACAGCGCAAGACCAGUGACGCAGUGGUGCAAACAGAGGACGUGGCUACUUCUAAGACCAAUUCCAGCACGUCACCUAGCCUGGAGAGCAGGGAUCCCCCACAGGCCCCAGCCAGAGGCCCUGUGGCUCCCCAGGGCAGCGAUGUGGAUGGACCAGUACUCAGCAAGCCUCCUGCCUCAGCGCCCUUCCCCCAUGAGGGUCUGAGUGCUGUCAUGGCGGGCUUUCCCACCAGCAGGCAUGGCUCCCCCAGCAGGGCUGCACGGGUUCCCCCCUUCAACUAUGUGCCCAGCCCCAUGGCAGCGGCCACAAUGGCCAGUGACUCAGCAGUGGAGAAAGCCCCUGUCUCCUCCCCAGCCAGCCUCCUGGAGUAGUGGGCAUAGGCCUGAAUCCGGAACUUUCUCUCCUCACCCUGUGGCCCAGGCUGGCUGCGCUGUGGGCCUGCUCUCUAAAUGCUCUGAGUAGGCUCAUCUAUGCCCUCAGAGCCGCUGUCCAGCUCGCGCCCCUGCACCUUAGGGCCAGCCGGUGCUUCUAUGCCUGGGGCUCGAGGGAAUCGGCUAUAGACUGGCCGCAGGGCAGCUGAUCUCUGAGGGUCACUAGCUGUGGGCCAGUGCAGGACCUGCCCUGAGCUGCACCCAGAGGGAGGGUGGACAUGGCUUCUACGGAGAUGGCUGAGUUUGCCUGCCCGAGGUGGGCACAGGCUGGGGGGUGGGGCAAGUGAGCCUCUGCUUGGCAGCUGGGGCUGCCUCAGCCCUGCACCGGGGAAGCCUGUAAUUAGCGCUGGGGUAAUUGGUUAAUGAUGACUCUGCCAGGGGUGUUUGCCUUCUCUAAGGCGGGCUGAGGAGCGCUUGGCGAGGGGCUGUAGACAAGCUCCGCCCAGCAUUCGUCAUGGCCUCUGAGAGAUUGUCAAGGGCAAACAGCCCUCUUGACACAAAACCUGUGGAUCAGC